CCCGGCUCCUGUUUAUGCACCUUCCUGUCGGGCUGCAUUUUUGGUGGCUUGCUCCGCUAACAAAGGGACCUCUCUUUUACGCUGUUUGACAUCGUCUUAAAGAGAAGGCCAUCACAGCUUCCCUCACUCCUUUUCCCCCACAAAAUACUCUAUCCUGCACCACUUCUUUACCAUGAGCCUGUACCCAGCGCCGCCUCAGCCUUUCAGCACAACGGGCGAAUGCCUAUUUGCCAGCGAUUCACUUUGCCCCUUUUCCUUCUUCCGAGCGCAGACAGCCGGCAUGCCGGUUUCAUCGUCGCACAAAAAGCCCGUCAUCACCUUUAUGGCACCUCAUCGAGACAGUGCGCUCUCCAGCCUCUUCAUCAACAACCAAAUCAACCUUCUUCGCCACAGGGUGGCGUUGGCUUUCUCUUCGACUCUUCUUGCUUCACCAUCAGGCUUUCCUACUGUCACAACACGCAUGCAGGACCGCGCCCUCAUGGUCAACGUAGAAGCUCCGGCUGGCCUCAUUUCAUCGUCGGAAGCCUUUUUCAACACGGUGCAGCGCGCCACACCUCUGCCCCUCUUCAACAUCGGCCGCCUACUUCCUGACAAUGUCACCACCAUCGACUACGGGGUUCCUGAAGACCUCAUUCCGGCCUUCCUCGGCGACAUCAACCAGGUCAUCGAUCUUUUGUCGCUUUUACUAAACGUAGGCGUUGAAGUCAACUCCGUGUGGAAAAUGUAUCAAGCCCCGUCACCCGCGGCUGGCGCCUUGGACGGGACCGACACGCUUGUGCCUUUUCGGUCUAGCUUGGAGGAGCCCCAUUCUACUCCGCUUCCGAUGCCGGCUGUCGAUCCCGCCUUCUUCAGCGCAGCCUUGGGAGAGCAGCCGCUUACGCACGGGUCUUAUACAGGCUACCUUCGUGUAGUACUGACUCUGCAUUCCACGCUCAUUUUGGACGAGAUCCCGUAUCUUCUCCCGGGUUGGAUUGCCUGGUCUCCUCCAUUGUCAUCACGCAUCUACUUGCCACUGGCUUUUCACGGUCGGCCCCCUUACUGCUCUCGCUGCCCCAGCUCCUCGCUAUCGGCGCACCUUUCCAACCAGUGCCCUCUCUCAGAGGACCACUCGGAUGCCCUUUCCUCUCCACCGCUGUCGUGUCACGUCCAGUCCAUCACCCCGUCAGCCGUACACGUCUCCUUCUCCGGUGUCGCCCCACCGGCUAGCAGCUCCUCUUCCUCGUCACUUUCCUCUCCUCCUUCUUCUCCAGCCCCCUCAAUUGUCUCUGUCGAUACGCAACUGGGUCUCCCACGUAGUGACCCACACGUCGAAGGCUUCUGGGCCGCCAUCAGCAAGGCUUCGUCCGAGGAGGUCGCCGAAGCACUGGGCUUAUCUCCGCCUCCUCUCAUCGAUCUUUCGACACCUCAGCCUUCGCCAUCGCCGUCACCUCCCCGCUCACCCCCAACUCCUUCGCACUCAAAACACACUCGCCGUAGCCACCGCCUUCACAGCACGCAACCUUAUAGUAGAUCCUCCCCUCUCAAGUCUCGUUCGUCAUGCUCUUCUCAGACUCGCUCCCUCUUGCACGGUCUGCUGCGUUAGAUUACAACCUACACCGCUCCCUUUGUUCUUACUUAUCUUUCCCU